AGGAGUUCCAGCUAGUUCAUUAUUUGUGAUAAGCCAGACCAUCAUGUCUCUGUACAAAUGUGUAUCUUGCAAUGAAUUCAUCCAGGCUACUAAAGCACGUCUGUUAUGUGCUUCAUGCGCACCACCCAUGACACUCUGUGCGAACUGCUAUGUAGUGCAGAACUACCCUCCGCAGCAUCAGGAUGGCUCCUCACAUUCGCUCUCGCUGUAUAAGCAUAGUGGUUUCCUCCCAACUCCUCCGCCACCACCACCACGGACGCAGUCUGUCCGCUACACACACCGCAGUAGCCCAUCUCGUCGACGACCCGUGUCGGCAGCAUACAGCGAGGUACCACCGAGGAAACCUCCUCGCCCAACGCAACCGGAGACGACAAGAGAACCAGAAAGCAACGAGGGUGUGCCAAUCAUACCGGUGUCGUCGAAGCCCGUAUUGCAGGAUCCGCAGCAGCAAGGCACUGAGCAGUACUCUCAACCACAACAUCAACCCACCGGUUGGACUUCGCUCUUUAACGAGGACAUGACACCGACUCCAUGCUUUGUUAGACUGAUUGAAGAACUCUUCCACCGUCUCGACCCACCGCGCACCGGAUUUAUCAGCCCAGAGGCUUACUCGGAAUAUCUCGAUGCCUGCGGAGCACCACCUAACCAUAAUAUAUGGAAACUCAGCCGUGCUAAGACACCCCAUCACGGCUACGACAUCGCAGACCGCGAACUAACCGAUCAUUUCACUUCCUACUGUAUCGAAUUCUCCUUGCGCCCGCGCACUCCACCCGCAACCCCGACCAAUUCCCCUUUAAACCCACUGUCCUACUUCCCCCCAGCCCAACGCGAGACAAUGUCCCAGUUCAUGCCUCCCCAAACGGCUUUCUCGCUCUCAGGCAACCAAAAGCCCAUGCUUUCGCUCCGCGGCUGGACGGAUCUGACAGUCCUCGGUGUCCUAUUGAAUCCUUCCGCAGCAUGGGGCCAGCUGAACCGCGCAAUGAAGGCGUAUCAUCUCCCGAUAUGGGCAGAGUGUGGCGAUAUCCCGCGGGGGAUGCUGCCGCUAGCGCCGUAUCAGCCGGAGGUAGACCGUGUGCGCAUAUUGCUUGAGGGUGCGAAGCUCAAUGCCGAGCGGGAAAUCGAUGCGGUGCACGCGCGGUUGAAGAUUGAGAAGCAGGGGCGAGAGCAUGCACUGGAUUUGUUGGAUGAUCGGGUCUGGGUGUAUCGGUAAUUAGCGGAGAAGUGGCUUUAAUAGUGUUGAGGAAAGGAUUUACAAGCGCGGAGAGACUUUCUUUGACCUGUGAGUUGAAAUAUCAGCAUGGAUGAUGAUAUACAUUGAGUGAACACUUAGGUUAGUUAGUUAGUAUAGAGCUAGCUGUGGGGCAAUAAGCUAUAUAUCCAUUAUUCAAUAUGUUGUCUUUUGCAAGUCCUAUAU